AUGGAGUGCAACAGAGAUGAGGCUACCAGGGCAAAAGAGAUUGCGGAGAAGAAGUUCACUGCAAAGGAUAUUAUGGGGGCAAAGAAAUUUGCGUUGAAGGCUCAGAAUUUGUUUCCAGGGCUAGAGGGUAUUCCCCAAAUGUUGGCGACCCUUGAUGUCUAUGUUGCUGCAGAGAACAAAAUGAAUGGGGAACCUGAUUGGUAUGGGAUACUGGGUGCGGAUCCAAAAGCAGACGAUGAGACGGUAAGGAGACAGUAUAGGAAACUAGCUCUUAUGCUUCACCCUGACAAGAACAAGUCUAUAGGAGCUGAUGGAGCAUUUAAGCUACUUUCAGAAGCAUGGAGUUUGUUGUCUGACAAAGCUAAGAGAGUAGCCUAUGACCAGAAAAGGAAUGCAAAAGUACACCAAAAAGUUGCGACUGCAAGUGGGGCUUCACAGGCUUCUUCAGGAGCCAAUGGUUUCUACAAUUUCACAAAAAGUACAACGUCCGGCACGAAGACUCAGAAGGGUACCACACGGGCUAGCCGCUCUUCAGCUCCUGCUUCUUCUCAUAAAGCAAGGCCUAGUACCUUUUGGACUGUGUGUCAUAAAUGCAAAAUGCAAUAUGAGUAUCUCAGAAUUUAUCUUAAUCAUAAUCUUCUUUGCCCCAAUUGCCAUGAACCAUUUCUUGCUGUAGAAAUAGUUCCACCACCUAUGAAUGGUUCCAAGUCAGCCACUGCAUGGAAUUCCUCACAGCAGCGGCAGACUCCAAAGCAUGAAACAGCUAAUAAAAACACAUUUAAUACAGGGAGGAGUAAUCCCACCUCUGCAGGUUUCAACGCACCUGAUUCAUAUAACCAAAACAGCUUUCAGUGGGGUCCAUUCUCAAAAGCAUCCGGUACUUCUACGGCUGCCCAAGCUGCAAGCGUGGUUCAGCAGGCCUAUGAGAAAGCAAAGAGAGAGCGUGAGGAGGCUCAAGCAGCAACAAAAAGAGAGGAGGCCUUGCGGAGGAAGGAUCAAGCCUCCAAGAAGGUGAGUGGUGCUUCAUCUACAGGACACCCUAAUGCUGCAAAGAGAAGAAGAGGCAUGGAGGAGGUUAGUGAGAGCAGCUAUGGAAAGGAUGUUACAAAUCAAAUGGGUGUGGGUGCUGGAGGAGCUGGAUCGGUUAAUUUUUCUGGAUUGAAACAGGCUAAUUUUGAAUCAGGUAGGGUGAAUGGAAACUCCAGGACCAGUAUCACAAAGGAUAUAUCCCUGCUUGAAAUUCAGAAACUACAAAGGGAGAAGGCAAGGAAAGAAAUUCUAAAGAGACUGAAUACAUCUACUGUAGCAAAAAAUGCAGUCAAAGAGGUGGGGAAUGGGAAUGAGAGAGAAAAAACUUUGGGAAACAUUGACGCGCGACGUGACCAAAACAGGUGUCGUGAGCCAGUUGAUACAAAAAAUGGUGCUAGUGACAGGAAACCUUCCGGAAUUUCUGGUGUCCGCUCAGAUGCAGAAACCUUGGAAACAAUGUCAAUAAAUGUUCCUGAUCCUGAUUUUCAUGACUUUGACAAGGAUCGAUUGGAGAAGUGUUUUGAAGAAAGUCAGGUCUGGGCCGCUUAUGAUGGCGAUGAUGGGAUGCCCAGAUAUUAUGCCUUAGUUCAUAAUGUGAUUUCUUUGGAUCCGUUCACAAUGCGGAUCAGCUGGCUGAACUCAAAAACAAAUAGUGAAUUAGGGCCUCUAAGCUGGGUGUCUUCUGGCUUCUCAAAAACAUGUGGGGAUUUCCGAGUAGGGAAAUAUGAAGUGAAUAAAUCACUCAAUUCUUUUUCACACAGAGUUCGGUGGACAAAAGGUCCACGGGGCGCCAUCUGCAUAUACCCCAGGAAGGGCGAUGUUUGGGCCCUAUAUAGGAAUUGGUCCCCUGACUGGAAUGAACUCACUGCAGAUGAAGUUAUACACAAGUAUGACAUGGUCGAAGUUGUUGAAGACUACAAUGAAGACCUAGGUGUACUGGUAGCUCCCCUUGUGAAAGUGGCUGGGUUUAAGACAGUAUUUCACCGGCAUUUGGAUCCUGAAGAAGCCAGGAGAAUCCCCAGAGAAGAGAUGUUUCGGUUCUCUCAUCAUGUCCCUUCAUACUUGCUUACGGGUCACGAGGCUCCAAAUGCUCCAAAGGGUUGUCGAGAGCUGGAUCCAGCAGCUACUCCUUCGGAACUUCUUGAGGUAACUAAAGGUUAA